UCCCAACUGGCAGAGCUUCUUCCAGUCUUGGAAGGCACAAAUUGAGCAUCAGGGACGUGGACCCAUCAAGGCUGAACAGCUACCUAGGAGCUAAGGUAGUGACCUGGAACGCUGACGGUGACUUGGGAAGGGAAGUCGCCAAUCCGCGAUCCGGAGCUGCAGCGCUCACCAUGGAGUCCCCCAUCCAGAUCUUCCGCGGAGAGCCAGGCCCUACCUGCGCUCCCAGUGCUUGCCUACUCCCCAACAGCAGCUCUUGGUUCCCCAACUGGGCCGAAUCGGACAGCAAUGGCAGUGUGGGCUCUGAGGACCAGCAGCUGGAGCCCGCACACAUCUCUCCGGCCAUCCCUGUUAUCAUCACCGCUGUCUACUCUGUGGUGUUUGUGGUGGGCUUAGUGGGCAAUUCCCUGGUCAUGUUUGUCAUCAUCCGAUACACAAAGAUGAAGACUGCAACCAACAUCUACAUAUUUAACCUGGCUUUGGCAGAUGCUUUGGUUACUACCACUAUGCCCUUCCAGAGUGCUGUCUACUUGAUGAAUUCUUGGCCUUUUGGAGAUGUUCUGUGCAAGAUCGUCAUUUCCAUUGACUACUACAACAUGUUCACCAGCAUAUUCACCCUGACCAUGAUGAGUGUGGACCGCUACAUUGCCGUGUGCCACCCUGUGAAAGCCUUGGACUUCCGAACACCUCUAAAAGCAAAGAUCAUCAACAUCUGCAUUUGGCUCCUGGCGUCAUCUGUUGGUAUAUCAGCAAUAGUCCUUGGAGGCACUAAAGUCAGGGAAGAUGUGGACGUCAUUGAAUGCUCCUUGCAGUUUCCCGAUGAUGAUUAUUCCUGGUGGGACCUCUUCAUGAAGAUCUGUGUCUUCGUCUUUGCCUUUGUGAUCCCAGUUCUUAUCAUUAUUGUCUGCUACACCCUGAUGAUCCUGCGCCUGAAGAGUGUCCGGCUCCUCUCUGGCUCCCGAGAGAAGGACCGAAAUCUCCGCAGGAUCACCAAGCUGGUACUGGUAGUGGUUGCAGUCUUCAUCAUCUGUUGGACACCCAUUCACAUCUUUAUCCUGGUGGAGGCUCUGGGCAGCACCUCCCACAGCACAGCUGCCCUCUCCAGCUAUUACUUCUGCAUUGCCUUGGGUUAUACCAACAGCAGCUUGAAUCCUGUUCUCUAUGCCUUUCUUGAUGAAAACUUCAAGCGGUGUUUUAGGGACUUCUGCUUCCCUAUUAAGAUGCGAAUGGAACGCCAGAGCACUAACAGAGUUAGAAACACAGUUCAGGAUCCUGCUUCCAUGAGGGAUGUGGGUGGGAUGAAUAAGCCAGUAUGACUAGUCGUGGAAAUGUCUUCUUAUUGUUCUCCAGGUAGAGAAGAGUUUAAUGAUCUUGGUUUAACACAGAUUACCACUGCAGUCUGAAGUGGAA